AUGAUUUCUGAAAAUUUAAAGAUCCAAGAAUCAGAGCUCAUAGAGACCAUACAUUCCACAGCUCAGCAGUUUGGAGCACAUGGAGUAUGGGGAGAUGAUCCAACAGAAACGGGAGUUUGUAGACUUGCCUUAACGGAUCUUGACAAACAAGUCAAAGACUGGUUUAUCAAAGAGACCGAGUCACUAGGAUGCACCAUAAAAAUCGACAACGUUGGUAAUAUUUUUGCAACAUUCCCUGGAAAACACAAUGAUCAUCUUGCAACCGGUAUUGGAUCUCAUCUGGAUACGCAGCCGACAGGAGGAAGAUACGAUGGCAUUUACGGUGUUCUUUCCGGUUUGCAAGUCUUAAGAACACUGAAGAGUAACAAUUAUGUUCCUAAUUUCCCCAUCACUCUUGUCAACUGGUGCAAUGAGGAAGGUGCACGUUUUCCGAUGAGUAUGAUGGCCUCAUCUGUAUGGGCUGGUCUAACUAGAAAAGAAGACGUCUACAAACUACAAGAUGUGUUUGAUAGCACUGUCACUGUUGAAGACGAGCUGAAGCGAAUUGGCUAUUUUGGUGAAGUGGACUGCAGUCACCGUUCCAAUCCUUUAAAAUGUCAUUUUGAGAUUCAUAUUGAGCAAGGGCCAAUUCUAGAGGCCUUGGACAAAAAAAUAGGUGUUGUCACAGGAGCCCAAGCAUUUUCGUGGAUUGAGGUCACUUUUGAAGGAACCGCGCAGCAUACUGGAACCACGCCGUUGGAGUUUCGUCAAGAUGCGUUGCUUGCCACUUCGCAAGUGAUCUGGAAGCUUAACGAAAUGGCGAAAAGCCAUGGAGGACUGGCGACAGUAGGCAAAAUCUCGAUAGAACCAGAUGUUGUCAAUGUCAUUCCUGAGAAAGUUUCCUUUGCGAUAGAUUUCAGACAUUGUGACGAUAAUGUACACAAGGUGAUGGAGUCAGAGGUUUUUGGUAUUAUAGGUCAAGCUUCCAAAAAUACGGUAGGAAAUGGAAAACCGUUGGCGUAUUCGACAAACCUGCUUAUCCACUCCCCUGCAUCGCAUUUUGAUACCAAAAUGCUUGGAAUCAUUGAAGAUUCUGCUUCGAGUAUUGUUGGUGAAAGCUUGUCCCAUAAAAUUGUCAGUGGUGCGGGCCACGAUUCCUGCAACACCAACCAUGUCGUUCCAACUGCCAUGAUAUUCGUUCCUAGCAAGGAUGGCAUCAGUCACAACCCAAAGGAGUAUACCAAGCCGGAAGAAAUAUUCAUAGGGUUCAAGGUUCUACUUGAAACAAUCUUGCGGUACGAUGCCGAUCGCCUGAGCGAGCUUGAUAUCAAUUAA